GGCUAGAUCCCGUGACCACAUGGAAUGGGUCUAUUACUGAAUUAUAUCCCACGCGUUGACUCGACUCUCCGCUUCCAGCAUAUGGAUUUGGGUCGAUGGUGGACAUUAAAACGAGGUUUGCAGUUCGAAAAAGGUGCACAAAUCAGACGGACGGGCUGAGGUGUAGCUUCAUGUUUGCCGCUGUACGCUCCCUGUGAAAGGGUUUCCGGGGAGACCUCACCUGUGAGGGAUCUGGAUAUGCCUCUCCCGAAGCCCCUAAUGGACAUGGAGGUAGUGAAUUACUGUGAGGGCCUGGAUCCUACCUACAGCACACUGGAGUUUGAGGGCGCCCAUGCACUUUACGGAGGGGACAGUAUGCCAGCAGAGCCGAGUGGCGGGGAGCAGGGAGAUGGUGGCCUGAGCUCCACCUGUGCCAUCUGUGGGGACAAAGCCACAGGGAAACACUACGGGGCAUCCAGCUGUGAUGGCUGCAAGGGCUUCUUCAGACGCAGCAUCAGGAAGAGCCAUGUUUAUUCCUGCAGGUUCAAUCGUCAGUGUGUGGUGGACAAAGAUAAACGGAACCAAUGCCGUUUUUGUAGACUGCACAAGUGUUUCCGGGCAGGCAUGAAGAAAGAAGCGGUACAGAACGAAAGAGACCGCAUAAGCUGCAGGAGACAUAUGCACGACGCGCAGGACCUGCCACCCAUCACAGUGCUUGCACAAGCAGAGUCCCUGUCACAGCAGAUCAGCCUUCCCAGUCCGACAGUGUCCUCAGAUGCCACGGAGAAAAGCAUUGCCAACAUCGGGGACGUGUGUGAGUCCAUGAAGCAACAGUUGCUGGUGCUGGUAGAGUGGGCUAAGUACAUCCCAGCCUUUGGUGAACUGCCGCUUGAUGACCAGGUGUGUCUAUUACGGGCACAUGCAGGGGAACACCUUCUGCUGGGAGUGGCAAAGAGAUCAGUGCCUUACAAAGACCUGCUGCUGCUUGGCAACGGUUAUGUCAUUCCCCGAAAUUGUGAGGAGGCGGAGAUCAGUCGGGUGGCGAACCGUGUUCUCGAUGAGCUGGUGUUGCCCUUUCAAGACAUUCAAAUCGACGACAAUGAAUACGCAGCACUAAAAGCCAUUGUCUUUUUUGACCCAGAUGCCAAGAGUUUGCGUGACCCCUCGAAGAUUAAGAGCAUGCGGUACCAGGUGCAGAUGAGCUUGGAGGACUACAUCAACGACCGGCAGUACGACUCGCGUGGUCGUUUCGGCGAGCUGCUCCUCUUGCUGCCCACCCUGCAGAGCAUCACCUGGCAGAUGAUCGAGCAGCUGCAGUUCGUCAAGCUCUUCGGCCUGGCCAAGAUCGACAACCUGCUGCACGAGAUGCUGCUGGGAGGACUGUCUGCGGACCCGUCCCACCACCACCAUCCAGGCCAGCCCCAGCUAGCCAAGGACCCGCAGAUGGGCCAGACGGUGGUAGUCAGCACUCUGUCCACCCCUAUCCACGCUGAACAUAUGGCCUCACCAGAAACACCCACUCCAUCUCCACCACAAGGCCCGGGGCAAGAGGCAUACAAACUGGCUACCAGCCCAACCCUUCUGCUGUCCGUGCAACAGGCCACAGACAGACAUUCCCCUGACCCCAAUAUUUGAAUGUUUAUAAUUUGCCUUUCCACAAACCAAGGUUCAGUUUCAAUUUAGAUAAAUGCUGCUUUAAAUUGCAUAAAUUCUUGUUGUAAAUAUAUAGCCUAUAUUUUAUUUUAAGGAAACACUAAGUAAAAUGUGCAUUAAACCUUGCAAUGUCUCUGUGCAAUGUGAGUUAACAUAAUUAUACAUAUAAUAUCCAGUGCUGCAUAUUCCCUAUUUGGAAAGAAUCUAAAUUUGAUGUAUAGCCUGUCCUUAGAAGUAGUGUUGUGUGUCCUAUAUAUUGUUGUGUAGGAGAUCAUUAUAUUAUGUCUCAUUAUGUCGUAACUCUUCACCAUAACCAUGAUCUUGAGAUGUAUUUCUGUCCUUUUAAUGAUUUUGUUUUUAAAAUUAUUUGGUAUGUUGUAUUUUCUUAGAUAUGAUCUAGUAAUACUUUUGUUAAGAAUCUGUUAAAGGUAUUAAACAGCAGUGAUCUGCUGUUGUUUCUCUACAUUAACA